CCCUUGGCUUGGAGCAGCCAUGAUGGAAGGCCUGGACGACGGCCCUGACUUUCUCGCUGAGGAGGACCGCGGACUUAGAGCAAUAAAUGUAGAUCUUCAAAGUGAUGCUGCCCUGCAAGUGGAUAUUUCUGAUGCUCUUAGUGAGAGGGAUAAAGUGAAAUUCACUGUUCAUACAAAGAGUUCAUUACCAAAUUUUAAACAAAAUGAAUUUUCUGUUGUUCGACAACAUGAGGAGUUUAUAUGGCUUCAUGAUUCCUUUGUUGAAAAUGAAGAUUAUGCAGGUUACAUUAUCCCACCAGCACCACCAAGACCUGAUUUCGAUGCUUCAAGAGAAAAACUACAGAAACUUGGUGAAGGAGAAGGGUCAAUGACUAAAGAAGAAUUCACAAAGAUGAAACAAGAACUAGAAGCUGAGUAUUUGGCAAUAUUCAAGAAGACGGUUGCAAUGCAUGAAGUCUUCUUGUGUCGUGUUGCAGCACACCCUAUUUUGAGAAAAGAUUUAAAUUUUCAUGUCUUUUUGGAAUAUAAUCAAGAUUUGAGUGUACGUGGAAAAAAUAAGAAAGAGAAACUUGAAGAUUUCUUUAAAAAUAUGGUUAAGUCAGCAGAUGGUGUCAUUGUUUCAGGGGUAAAGGAUGUAGAUGAUUUCUUUGAACAUGAACGAACAUUCCUUUUAGAAUAUCACAAUCGAGUUAAAGAUGCAUCUGCUAAAUCAGAUAGGAUGACAAGGUCCCAUAAAAGUGCUGCAGAUGAUUACAAUAGAAUUGGAUCUUCACUUUAUGCAUUAGGAACACAGGAUUCUACAGAUAUAUGCAAAUUUUUUCUUAAGGUUUCAGAAUUGUUUGAUAAGACACGGAAGAUAGAAGCACGAGUAUCUGCUGAUGAGGACCUCAAACUUUCUGACCUUUUAAAAUAUUACUUAAGAGAAUCUCAAGCUGCUAAGGACCUCUUGUACAGAAGAUCUAGGUCACUGGUGGAUUAUGAAAAUGCUAAUAAGGCAUUGGAUAAAGCAAGAGCCAAAAAUAAAGAUGUUCUACAGGCUGAAACCUCUCAGCAAGUGUGUUGUCAGAAAUUUGAAAAGAUAUCAGAAUCUGCAAAACAAGAACUUAUUGACUUUAAGACAAGAAGAGUUGCUGCAUUCAGAAAAAAUUUAGUGGAACUGGCAGAACUGGAACUAAAACAUGCAAAGGGUAAUUUACAGCUGCUACAAAGCUGCUUAGCAGUGCUAAAUGGAGAUAUAUAAACUGCAUUCCAUGAUCUGGUUAACAAGGGUUGCCUUCCUUUUGCAUCUUGUUGUUGUUGACAGCCUCCAGGCAUUUACCUAAAGCCAUUGCAGGAAAAUAAUCAUCUGACAAAGUGCACAUAAUCUGAUUUUAAACAAUGGAUUAAUACUACCCUCAAAUGAUUCCUGAGUGUAUAAUGCAACUCUGCUCAGAAACACAUGUAUUCAACAUGUACAUUUAUUUAAUCACUGUAUACUUUUCUUGUUCAAAAACCAAAAGUUGUUUUUCUUGUGAAAGUAGGCAAUAUAAUUAUGUUCAUGUUAUGAAUAUACUUACAUAUAGCUGCCAAUCUUUUUUUUUUUUAGUUACCCAUUUGAAGAAAUGGGAUCUAUAUUUCCAUUGGCUAUUUUUGAGUACUGUUACUAUAAAGCAUUGUUUACUCAUAUAUACUUGCAAAAGCAUCUUGAUUUGGCUUGUUUUUAGUUAAUGAACAUUUCUUAGAAGUUUUAAAAUAUGUUAUGUAAUCUUUUCCACUAUGAUUUGUGAAGAAAAGCAAAUGCAUUAGUAUGUUUGCCUUAACUUGUAGACUAAUCCUUAUUGUAAAAUAAACAGUGAUAACAGUGAUAUUUUUAAACUAUGUAGUCAUUGUAUCACUAUCUAUAAAAUUUGCAAUUGCGGUAGUAAUCUACUCAUUUGUUAGGCUUUACAAAGCAGGUUCAGUUUUUUUUAAGUAAUAUAUUGAACCAAGCACACCAGUCUUGCAAAAAAAAAAAUAAGGUACACCUCUACUCUCUUUAACACAUUCAAAGAUGGAAUUUAGAUAAACCAAUUUAAAUAUUUACUUAUAAAAUACAGAAGUACAAAGUUUAAAUUAGGAAUUUUAGAACCCAAAUUUGAAUUUUGUCAUUAAAAUCUGAUUGCUUGGGGCUUGAUUCCCCAACUUCUAGUUUGAUUUGAUAAGAAAAUAAGAGUGCCAGGGGGAAGAGGACUUGUUUUUUUUCAAAAGUUGGCAGAUUUUGGUUGAAAAUCAUAAAACCACAUUAAUUGUCACAGAUUAAAAUUGGUUUUGACCUUUAAUAAUGUGAAUAACCAUAUGUUUACUGGCUUGAAUUUAUAUUGAGUUCAGUUUGAUUUUUCUGUUUUUCUAACCAUUCUUUCCUUUGAAAACAUAAUCAUUUGGGGUUAGGAAAAAAACUCUUAUUGGGUUGGUUAGUUUACUUUCCCUGCAAUUGUAGCAGGUUUGUUUACAUUUUCCUAAACCAUUCCUGAUGAAUGCCUAAUCUUAUUCUUAAGUAUCUCCAGUGCUGGUGAUUCCACAAUCUCUUACAAGGUUCUGUUGCCUAUUGUUUCUAGUUAAAUGUU